AUGCCUAUCGUCAAGAUCCACGCCCGAUCUGUCUACGACUCCCGGGGCAACCCGACAGUCGAGGUUGAUGUUGUCACCGAGACCGGCCUCCACCGAGCCAUUGUUCCUUCCGGUGCCUCGACUGGCCAACACGAAGCUUGCGAACUUCGAGACGGUGACAAGUCAAAAUGGGGUGGAAAGGGUGUUCUCAAGGCCGUCGAGAACGUCAACUCCAUCAUUGGCCCAAAGCUCAUCGAGAAGAAGAUUGACCCCACCGAUCAGUCUGCUGUGGACAAGUUCUUGAUCGAACUUGAUGGUACGGAGAACAAGACCAAUCUGGGAGCAAAUGCCAUUCUAGGUGUCAGUCUUGCUGUUGCAAAGGCCGGUGCUGCCCAGAAGGGUGUUCCUCUCUACGCACAUGUUUCCGAUCUUGCAGGUACCAAGAAGCCAUACGUGCUUCCUGUCCCCUUCAUGAACGUCCUCAACGGUGGUUCUCACGCUGGUGGUCGUCUUGCCUUCCAGGAGUUCAUGAUUGUGCCUGAUCAAGCUCCUACUUUCUCCGAAGGUCUCCGAUGGGGUGCAGAGGUCUACCAGAAGCUGAAGACUCUCGCAAAGAAGAAGUACGGACAAUCUGCUGGCAACGUUGGUGACGAAGGUGGUGUGGCUCCUGACAUUCAAACCGCCGAAGAGGCUUUGGACCUGAUCACUGCCGCCAUUGAGGAGGCUGGGUACAAGGGCAAGAUGAAUAUUGCCAUGGAUGUUGCUUCCAGCGAAUUCUACAAGGAAGAUGAGAAGAAGUACGACCUGGACUUCAAGAACCCAGACAGCGACAAGAGCAAGUGGAUCACUUAUGAGGAAUUGGCCGACUUGUACAAGAACCUGGCAAGCAAGUAUCCUAUUGUCUCCAUCGAAGAUCCCUUCGCCGAGGAUGACUGGGAGGCAUGGAGCUACUUCUUCAAGACUUCCGACUUCCAGAUUGUCGGUGACGACUUGACUGUGACCAAUCCCAAGCGCAUUAAGAGAGCCAUUGACUCCAAGGCUUGCAACGCCCUUCUCCUCAAGGUCAACCAGAUCGGCACCCUCACAGAGUCCAUCCAGGCUGCCAAGGACUCCUACGCUGCUGGCUGGGGUGUGAUGGUCUCUCACCGUUCAGGUGAGACGGAGGACGUCACAAUUGCCGACAUGGUUGUGGGUAUCCGAGCUGGCGAGAUCAAGACUGGUGCACCAGCACGUUCCGAGCGUCUGGCCAAACUCAACCAAAUCCUUCGCAUCGAGGAAGAACUUGGAUCCAACGCUAUCUAUGCUGGCACCAGCUUCCGCAAAUCCGUUACCUUGUAA